UUGGAAGAUGAUGGACUGAAAAAAGACUCAAAUUGUUCACUGAAAGCAAUGAAAUAUAUAAUUUCUGUUUACUGUCAAUCAUUCCUCCCAAACUGCCUUGUUUUGGUGCUUUCUUCCACUGUAAAGCACGCUUCCUGCUCUGAGCACAACACAUCACACCGGGCCAACCCUCAGCUCUGCUAAACCCUACCCACCCAUGCCCACUCAACACACACAACGCACACACACAAGCACAUGUUGUGUUAGUUUAAGUGCCAUGGCUGUUUUGGAUACAUAACUCCUAUCCAUGCCUCGGUCUACAAUGAAUUUACCCUGCAGGUUGGAGAUCCUCCUUAUUAGCUUGUGCAUACAGGUGGGCUUUGUGUCCGGGAUGCAUUGCAAGGAUGGGACAGCUGAUCAUCUGUCAAGGGAAGACGCUUUGCUGUUAAAGGAUGAGCAGAAUCCUAAAUGUUUCACCCGGACGGGAGAGGAUUUCACCUGCUUCUUUGAGACUGCAGACGACAGGACUUAUGAUUUGCUGUGCAGAGGGACGAGGUGUGAAAUGUCUGUUCAGAAAACAGAAGAGGGAGCUUUCCUCCACAUCUGCUCAUUUCCUGACUUCCUGGUUCCCUUGUUUGUGGAAACACACAUUGAAGUGGUGGAGCGCAACACCAACACCAGCCUCUACAAACGGACGGUGUGUGUGGAGGACCACUUUCUCCUGGAUCCUCCCUUCAAUGUGUCUUUACAUCAAAAUGGCCAACCAGGACAGCUGCAGGUUUUAUGGGCGUUAAAUGUCUCAAAAUACAUUUCAAAUGAUGUGAUUUAUAGGAUUCGCUACUCCUCCGAGCUGGGAUGGAAGACGAAAGAGGGAAAGGAGGGCAACAUACUAGACUCUCUGGUGCCAGGGGAGGAGGUUGAAGUCCAGGUCACUGUCAAAUAUGCCUUUAAUUCAGACUCAGGACACUGGAGCAGCUGGUCGCAGCCCGUACGAGCUGUGGCUCCCCAACGCGCAGAUGAUAUUUCUCUCAUGUGCUUCACCUCUGACCUGCAAAACAUAGUCUGUCAGUGGAAUGGGAGCAGAUACGGUGUAGAGAAAGAGUACAAACUGUUCUACAAGAUGGGUCCCAGCGAAGCAUUAGCCAGGACAGGAUGGACCGAGUGUCUCGCUGAGAGGAACUUUACUGACCUGUGUCGUUUCCAUGGAGAUGAGUCCAGAAAAGUCAGGGUCAAGCUCAGCAGCACUCCAGCUCCUCUCAGCAGAACCUUCUAUACUCAAGAGUUCACCCUCUACACGAGCAUCAAAACUCCCCCACCAAGUCAUCUGAGAGGAGCGCUGGAGAAAGAUAAGUUGUGCUUGAAAUGGGUGGCUCCACUCCCGUCUCUGUCGGCUCACCUGCAGUAUGAAGUCCGCUACCGGAUCAGAGAGGGGGGGAUGUGGGUGAAGAUGCCGCUAAAGGGUCCUGAGACUGCCACUUGUCUAGAUGUGCCAACAGGUAGCCAGUACAGUGUUAAUGUCAGAGCUAAACCCAUUGGGACCAUUUACUCGGGCAACUGGAGUGACUGGUCAGAUGUGCUUACUGGUGACACCCCCACUGACAGAGAUGCAUUGCUCUUGCUGUGUGUCCCCGUCUCCCUGCUGAUAACUGCCAUCAUCUUCAUCUCCUUGUUUCCCACAUACCUCAGCAAGCUCAAGCUGUUUUUGUGGCCGCCGGUGCCAAACCUUGACAAAGUCCUACAAGGCUUUCUGACAGAGAUCAAUGGGCAGAAAUGGAAUCCUCCAUUAACAGCAAAGCAGUGCUUGGAGGAAACCACUUCAUCUGUGGUGGAGAUCAUGUCUGAAGAUGAGGUCUUAGGAUUGGGGAAGCCAUCAGAGGAGUCCACCCAGCUCCUGUCAGCAGAGGGAAACUUGUCCAGCAGAGAACCAGUAGAUGGAAGUCCUGGUUCUGAAAGCUUUCCGGACUAUGUGACUCUGAACAAAGACAAUGUUAUUCAACGCCCAAAAGGAAACGCACAUGUUGGAGAGAAAGAAGGCCCGGCGGUGAAGGACGAGCUGUUCCAAACAAGUCCCUCUCCCUGCGCCGGCGGCUCAGUCUGCACCCCGCCCUGUUUGGGCACCGAUAUUCUCAACCACUCCUACCUGCCUCUGGCUGAGCCUGCACACAGAUUCAACUGCAAGGUCACUCCUGCUCGGGGGCCAGGCAACCUCUAUACUAACUUCCCCUGUGGCUAAACGUAUGGUAUAACAAGCGUGCUUUGUUUCCACUGAUGCAUAUUUGCUGUAUACUAUGCAUGCAUGUCUUACUGACAUAAUAUUGAUACAGACUUACACAUCCAAGUUUACUGCACCAGUAGCUCCGGCUGUUGGAAAAGUCUUUAAUAGGAAUGAAAUCACACAAUGAUUUAUUUGAGGAUUGAUGCAGCCUCUGGCUUUACAAGGGUGUGUUAAACGUAUUGACAGAGUAAUGGGGGUUGUUUUGAUCACGAUAUCUUCAUUUCUGCUACUUAUGAUGCAGUAUUGUAGCUGAAAUGCCAUGAAUGCUCCACAGAUUUGAAGAUAAAAUACCGAGGAGGACAAAUCAGCAUUUGAAAAGAACAAAAAAAAAAAAAAAAAAUCAGACUUAUAUAACAGUUUAAGCUUUUGGCUCAAGUGCUGUUGAAAAUAUUUAGGCCUACUACAUUAUAUAUGACUUUUACAUUUGUAACCGUGUAUAAGGUUUCCUUUACAUCAGGGCUGGCACUUUAUCUGCUGCUUUGUCUUCAUAUGUUCACCAGAGGGAACAGUAGCUCACAAGAUUCUUCGUAAGAAAGGACCCCAACUCAGUGGCUUUUGGUGGUCUACAGGAUUGUGUAGUACCUGUUUACAAUAACUGGUGCUGUUCACGGAACUGUUCUACACUCAGAGUACCUCAGAAAAAAAUGUACAAAAAUAAGAGAAACAUUUUAAAAGGAGGUGCCAUGAGGGAUAUUACAUAAGGUUCGACUUUGUACAUUUUUAUAUUGAGCAUUUGAGUGUAACUUACUCUCAUUUCCUCUGUAUGUUUCCUUACUAUUCUAAAGGAUAUGCAUCUGAAAAACCACCAGAAUUUGCUUUGCUUUUCCAGAUCUUUUCCAUUGCCUUGCCAUUCUUGUCAUUAAUAUUGUACAUAUUUCUUGUGGGUUUUUCAAAGAGCCUAAAAGUUUCCUGAGAUUCCCACUUGAGGUUGAGGAGGAUGUACAACCAAGACUCCUUUCCUCUUUGUCGCCUCCUUGCACGUAACAGCCGACACAGGCUUUUAGUUCACUGUGUAUUAUAUUAUAAUGCGAGGGUUUGUAUUUUUGGCAGUAAACACUGGAAAGCUG